AUGAAAAUAAUAAGUCUUGCUAUAUUUAUCUGCGUGGUCUGUGUUAAGGGCGACGCGGGCGCUAAGGACGGGCGGCAACAGCGAUUGUUAUUUUACGACGAAGAUGGUAACUUGGUGAAAACAUAUCCCAAUCCAUUCCCAAACAACCCGUUUCUGCAGAACUUGAGGCUCAACGCUGGACAUUGGCCUUACUAUGGAAGCUUCUUGAAUCCAUUCUUCGGUUUCAUUAAAGACUUCGGCAACGUUUUCUCCUUAACAAUUCCAGUAUCAAACGAAGUUAUAAAGCAAAUGCAAAAGGACCCGGCGUACCACAACAAGCUGUUGCUCACUCAUACUCCAGACCCAAUAAUCGAGCCGAACCCUCUCUGUGAGGGCAAGAGGGCACAGAUUCCCUCACCGAAACUCUGUAACAAUUACCUCAAUUGUUGGGAUGGAUGGGCGGUAGAACAGGAGUGCCCACCUGGACUAUUGUUCUCUAAUCAGGGAUACUGCGACUACUCUGAUAACGUGAACUGCGAGAGCAGGAAAUUACGAGAACAGCCGCCAACACAACCACUGUGUAAGAAGGACUUCGAAGCGUUCCGGAGUGCUCUCGACUGCAACGAGUUCUUCGUGUGCGUUGGACGACAGCCCGUCAAGUUUAAGUGUCCUGCUGACCUUUCAUACAACCAGCAACUUGGCGUGUGUGACUAUCCUACACGAGUGGACUGUACAUCAACUGCAAUCAAUACUGAAGUCUUUGCUCCUCAAUCCACAUCAAUCGCCACAGCUGCACCAACUACUGCUUCUUUUGCAUCUCCUACACCUGCUGCAUCAACUGCCGCUCCACCUGCAUCCGUUGCUCCAUCUAUUGCACCUACUGCAACAUUUGCUCCACCAGCAUCACCCAUCAUAGUUGCCGCACCCCCCUCUUUAUUGAAACCUGAUGGUAUUAAGGCUGUGUUUUCCGAAAACUCCAUAGUAAAUACCCAAAGUUGGACUUCCACACACAUAGCCAUGUCUCGUCAAGACGCCAUCCGCCAACUGCAGUUUGGUAACAUCGCCAAAGCCGAUAUUUAA